CGUGACGGCGAGAACCACAGUUUGCAAGUUUGAAGCCCACGUGUCCCCUGCAUACGUCGCUACGUCCUUGGGUUACAAUCGCAAUAUCUAGGCCGGGCCCCUCUCUCAGUUUGUCUUACCUAUUGGAACGAUAUGCCUCCGUACUCCAUCGCUGGCGUCAGCGCCCUCCUUCUCUCCCUCGGGCUCGUUGCAACCCCAGCCGUGGGCCUUUCCACCCCCAUUCGGAGGAGCACCACGGAAUGUGUGUCCAGAUGCAGAGUUAUCCCCGGUGACGCCAAAUGGCCGGGACCAGAGGCGUGGAACUCGCUGAACGGCACCGUGGGAGGGAGGCUGAUCCAGACGGUUCCCGUUGCUCACGUUUGCCAUGAUCCCUCUUAUUCUGCAGAAGAGUGUCAAUACGUGGCUGACAACUGGCUUUCCGCAUAUGUCAUGACUCCUCGCCCAGGCGAAUUUUUGUCAUCUUGGUUCCAAAAUCAGACCUGCGUGCCACACACGGACAGAUCAACGGCCUGUGACCUCGGCAACUAUGCUAGCUACUCCCUUAACGUCAGCGGCGUGGACGAUGUUAAAGCGGGACUGGACUUUGCCCAGAAGAACAACGUCCGGCUCGUCAUCAAGAACUCCGGUCAUGACUUCUACGGGAAGAGCACCGGCAAAGGAGCCCUCGCCCUGUGGACCCGCAACCUGAACCACAAGGAGAUCAUCCAUGACUACAGCGCGGCCUACUACCAGGGCCCCGCCCUCAAAAUCGGGGCAGGCGUCAACGGCGGCGAGGCGGGCUCCUUUGCAGCGGCAAACGGCUACCGGAUGGUUGGCGGUUCGUGCCCGACGGUCGGACCCGCCGGAGGGUACACCCAAGGCGGCGGCCACUCCUUCCUGACGGGCCUCUACGGCUUCGGCGCCGACAACGUCCUGGAAUGGGAAGUCGUGACGGCGUUGGGCGACCACCUCAUCGCCACCCCUGAACAAAACUCGGACCUGUACUGGGCGCUCAGCGGCGGCGGCGGCGGAACCUACGGCGUCGUGGUCUCCAUGACGGUGCGGGUUUUCCCAGACGGCCAGGUCGCCAUGGCGUCGCUCACCUUCAGCGUCGACUCGGUCGGCGGCGUGGAGACCUACUGGCAGACCGUCGAACGGAUGAUCACCGAGCUCCGCCCCAUGGUCGACGACCACGGCAUGGUGGGCCAGUUCCUGGUCACCAACGACACCACCGACCUCUACGCCCUGAUCGCGCCCGACGUGACGAGCUCCGAGCUCUCCACCAUCGUCAGCCCCGUCCUUUCCAGCAUGGCCGUCGACGGCAUCACGCCGCAGCAGCUGGGAUUCCGACUCUACGAGAGCCACAGCUACUACGAGCUCUACGCGCGGACCAUCCUGCCCCAUGCUGCGGGGGGUGUCCUGACGCCCGUGACCGGCGGCCGCUUCGUCACGGGGGAGAACGUCGCCGCCAACGCCACGUCCCUCAUCCACGCCAUGCGCGCCACCGUGGAGGAGGGGAGGUUCUACGUCGCCGCCGUGGCGCUCAACUCGCAGGGCCAGGGCAGGCUGGCGGAUCCCAUCGCCGAGAACGCCAUGCAGGAGGACUUCAAGCACGCCUACCUCAACCUCAUCAUCCCGGCCGCCUUCGACUGGUACGCGCCCUGGGAGGAGGCCCACCAGCUGCAGGACGAGUUUAUGGACGUGCUCCUGCCGCUGUACGAGGAGGCCACCCCGGGUGCUGGUGCGUACCUCAACGAGGCCAACUGGGCGCAGGCUACCGCCCAGGACUACCAUGGAGACAACUAUGAGAGGCUGAGGGAAGUCAAGGCCAAGUAUGACCCGAACAACGUUUUCUAUGGCCUGACCGGCGUGGGGAGCGAGGCUUGGGCUCCGGAUGCUGAAGGCCGUCUUUGCAGGACUGGAAUCACUGCAUGAGGUGGCGGAGCGAUAUACUGAGCGUAAUUGACGGUGCAUGUGCGUAUUAGACUGUACAUCAUAUACUGAUCACUUGUUGUAUGAGUUUUCCGUCUUGUAGAACGGGACACGCUGUCUUAUUGUCUUCUGUUUUGUUUAUAGACGUACACGAUAUCAAUACGAUUCCGUAUACCAGUU